AUGGGACAAGAGAAAGGGAGACUGGUUGAAGAAUAUGAAAUUCUGGAUAUUUUAGGACGAGGUGGAUUCUCAGUUGUGAGAAAAGGUAUAAAAAGAAGCAACGGGGAUCGCCAAAAAUGCCAAGAAUUCGCUAUUAAAACACUGAAAAGAUUCACCAUGACUGCUGCUGCGGCGGUGGCACCACCUCGAACCGAAAAAACCGGAGCUUCUUCAGUGGCGGCGAUAUUACAGGCACGGAAUCAGGUUUCCAUAUCCGACGCGUUGUUGACGAAUGAGAUCCUCGUGAUGCGAAAGAUUGUCGAGAACGUCUCGCCUCAUCCGAACGUGAUCGACCUCUACGACGUUUACGAAGAUCAAUCCGGCGUUCACUUGGUGCUGGAGCUAUGCUCCGGCGGCGAGUUGUUUGAUCGGAUCGUCGCGGAAACAAGGUACUCUGAAGCUGGUGCGGCAGCGGUGGUGCGACAAAUUGCGCAGGGGCUGGCGGCAAUUCAUAAGGCGAACAUUGUCCACAGGGACCUGAAACCUGAAAAUUGCUUGUUCUUGAACAAAAAUAAAGAUUCGACGUUGAAGAUCAUGGAUUUUGGAUUGAGUUCAGUGGAUGAGUUCACGGACCCAGCAAUCGGGUUAUUCGGAUCCAUAGAUUAUGUUUCACCGGAGGCGCUUUCUCAAGAGAAAAUUACAACCAAGAGUGACAUGUGGUCCUUGGGAGUCAUCUUAUAUAUCUUACUUUCAGGGUAUCCACCAUUUAUUGCUCAAUCUAAUCGUCAAAAACAACAGAUGAUAAUGGCGGGUGAAUAUAAUUUCGAUGAGAGGACAUGGAAAAACAUAUCUUCAUCAGCAAAGCAUUUGAUUUCUAAUCUGUUGCAAGUUCAUCCUGAUAGAAGACCAAGUGCUGAACAACUUCUAGCUCACCCAUGGGUCAUUGGGGAUUCAGCCAAGCAAGAACAAAUGGAUGCGGAGGUUGUUUCGAGAUUGCAGAGCUUCAACGCGCGUCGUAAGCUACGUGCCGCCGCCAUCGCCAGCGUAUUAAGCAGUAAGGUGUUACUGAGGACGAAGAGGUUAAGGACUUUGCUAGGCUCCCAUGACCUCUCAAAGGAGGAACUUGAUAACCUCAAGGAAAAUUUCAAGAAAAUAUGUGCUGAUGGUGAAAAUGCUACUUUACCUGAAUUUGAAGAGGUACUAAAGGCCAUGAACAUGUCUUCUCUCCUUCCAUUAGCUACUCGAAUCUUCGACUUGUUCGAUAGCAAUCGAGAUAGAACUGUUGAUAUGAGAGAAAUAAUCUGUGGAUUUUCCAGCCUCAGAAAUUCUAAAGGAGACGAUGCUCUUCGUUUGUGUUUCGAGAUGUACGACACGGAUCGAUCUGGAUGUAUUUCUAAAGAGGAACUGACAUCAAUGUUAAGGGCUUUGCCAGACGAUUGUCUUCCAGCAGACAUCACAGAACCUGGGAAAUUGGAUGAAAUGUUUGAUGUAAUGGAUGCAAACAGUGAUGGGAAGGUUACAUUUGAUGAAUUCAAAGCUGCCAUGCAAAGAGACAGUUCACUCCAAGACGUUGUUCUCUCUUCUCUUCGCCAACAAUAGCUAUUCCCCAACUUCAAUUACUAGUA